AUGCCUUCAGAAGGCUUGUGGAAUGAGCGUGUGUGCAAGGGAGAUGUGAGCAUGACACAGUCCUACGGAGACACGUCGGUUCCCAGGGAUGGGUCGUACUUGGCUGAGUUCCUGCUGGAAAAAGGCUACGAGGUGCAUGGCAUCGUUCGUCGGUCUAGUUCUUUUAAUACAGGCCGGAUUGAACAUCUCUACAAGAACCCCCAGGCUCACAUUGAAGGAAACAUGAAGCUGCACUACGGUGAUCUCACGGACAGCACCUGCCUGGUGAAGAUCAUCAAUGAAGUCAAACCCACCGAGAUAUACAACCUGGGAGCUCAGAGCCAUGUCAAGAUUUCUUUUGACCUAGCAGAAUAUACUGCUGACGUCGAUGGGGUUGGCACUUUACGGCUCCUAGAUGCUAUUAAGACCUGUGGCCUUAUCAACUCUGUGAAGUUCUACCAAGCCUCCACCAGUGAACUUUUUGGAAAAGUGCAAGAAAUCCCACAGAAGGAGACCACCCCUUUUUACCCAAGAUCGCCUUACGGAGCAGCAAAACUGUAUGCCUACUGGAUUGUGGUGAACUUCAGAGAAGCCUACAACCUCUUUGCUGUGAACGGCAUCCUCUUCAAUCAUGAAAGCCCCAGGAGAGGGGCUAACUUUGUUACUCGAAAAAUUAGCCGAUCGGUGGCAAAGAUUCACCUUGGACAGCUGGAUUGUUUCAGCCUGGGGAAUCUGGAUGCUAAGAGGGACUGGGGCCAUGCCAAGGACUACGUUGAGUGGGAUUCGGGGAUCUCUGGUAUUGGAUUUGAGGAAGCAAAAUUAGGGGAUCCCUAA